UCGAGGUACGUCCAGCACGGCGCGCAGUUUCCGGUAGAUACGAAGAAAAUCGGUCAAAUAUUUCGAUAUAUAGAGUGGCAAUAAAAUGGCAGAGCAAAAGAAGGCACCGCUAUUAAAGAAGGAGGAGGAAUACGUCAAGGCCCUUGAGGGUUUCAUCGCACCCGAAAAGGAUCAGGUUGUCUUGCUCCUGGAUUACGAUGGUACCCUCGCCCCACUCACCGAGGAGCUGUCCGUGAUGCCCAAGGAUACGGAGAUCAACAUCAAGAAACUGGCUGCCAAUGAGAAGAUCUUCAUGGUUGUGUUCUCCGGUCGCGAGCUGAGCGAGAUCAAGAACCAUCUGAAGUUCCCCAAUGUCACCUAUGCCGGUAAUCAUGGUCUGGAGGUGGAGUAUCCCUCCGGCAAAAAGUUCAAGAUUGAAAUGCCCGAAGAGCUGCUCGAGAAGCACAACAAACUGGUGGCUGAGCUGAAGGAAAAGGUUGUGUGCUCUGGUGCCUGGGUGGAGGAUAAGAAGAUCUCCGUCACCUAUCACUACAAGGGCGUCACCGAUAAGCUAAAGGCCAAGCUCAUUGCCGAGGCCAAGGGUCUGAUCCAGUCCCAUGGCUUCCAACUGAUUGAGACCCCCUAUGCUCUGGAGGGCAAGCCACGCGUCAACUGGGACAAAGGAGAGGGCGCCAAGAUGAUCCUGGAGAAGCAGUUCGAUGCCGAUUGGGCCAAGAACCUGAAGAUCAUAUAUGUGGGCGACGACACCACCGAUGAGGAUGCCAUCAAGGUGCUGCAUGGCAUUGGCAAGACCUUCCGCGUUUCGGAACUGCCAACCCUGAAGACCUAUGCCAACUAUCAGAUCAAGACCGUCGAAGAGGUCGGUUGGUUGCUGAAAGCCAUCCAGGCCAACUACGAGAAGAAGAAGAAGAUCUAAGCGAUGGAUAUCCCCCAAAAAGAAGGAUUAGAAGCAUAAGCUAAAUUCCACACACACACUCAUACAGAAACACACACAUAAGCACACAACACACAUGCACACUGAAGGGAGGAGAAGGAGAUGGAGAAUGUUCUUAAGGAUCGUUUAUGUAGAUGUUGUCUUACAAAAAUACAAUAUUAAUUAUAAAAUAUUAUCUUAUAAAUGUGUCCGAAGAAAAAUGCUGCACAAUCUCUCGAUAUCUGAUUUGUGUCUUUUCGAUUUUGCAAAAUAAACCAUAAAUAAAACAUUUUA